AUGGCGAGGGGUCUCAUGAGGAAUUCCCGGCCUUACCAAUGGAGGAGGUCGUCAUCGCGUUGGACGCUGGUGCUGACGGUUCUGCUGACGUUGUCCGUCGUUCUGCUGCUGCUGCUCGCCCUCGGCAUCUUCUCCCUGCCAGUCUCCAGUGACUCCUCAGAGGUCGAGCAUCCCGUCGAGCGGCAUCUGGAGAGCACAUCUCAUGCGCCUAAGAGGAAGGUGGCUCAUAGGUGCGCAAAUCCGCCGCCCUCUUCACAACCUGGUCAUCCGUGCCGAAGACCGGACGCGAUCUCUCCCUCAUGGGAGUCUGGCUGAUGGAUCUGGAGGUUUCCUUGUUUUCUUUUUUCUUUGCAGCGAUGGACUAGGGACGAGAGGGGAUCAGUGGACGGAGGUUCUCUCCUGGGAGCCGAGGGCGUUCAUGUAUCAUAAUUUCUUGGUGCGGCAUCCAAUUCUUUGUUCAGAAUUCGGCGUUUUUCCCACUUUUUUUUGCUGAAUUUUCCGAUUUUCCCAAGGUGGUGAGAGAUCUGGUAGCGAACCACUCCCCUCUCCCCCCCCCCCCUCAAUAGAGCAUUCUGAAUAUUCUUAUUCCUUGAUUUGUUGCUCAUUUGUCUGAUUUAAAAGAAUGCUUUCGAGAGUUAAAAAGAUGCCCGAAUAAUGUCAUGAGAAUCUACACUGAACAUACUAAGCUUCAAGACAAAAUGUAUAUUCAGAAAUCUCUUUCGAUUAAUGUUAUUUCUUGUUGAAGUAGUUUCUUCACCCCCCCUGCAUUAAAUUUCUAGUUUUUAUGUGAUUUCUUUUUGCGAUUGAGGGACAGAACGUGACUUCAGAUUUUUUUUUCCGAAGUCCUUUGUGUUGAGUUCAUUUUCCAGAAUUAUUUAUACGUAAAACUCGCAGAUUUACAUAUUUAAAUAAAUAUACAGAUCCGCUAUUCACUGUUAGAGGUUCUUCAGGAUUUGUGACGUUUUUAGCAUUUAAUCAUUGCAGCUUAGUUCUUUGCUCCUGGGAUAUUGUCUAUUUCCUUCUGUUAUCUUCCUUUUCCAUCCAACUACUUCCCACUUGAUACCAUUGAUCUGGACGACGACAUUAUUCCGCUGAGAGGAGUUUCAGACUUGAAGAUUCCAAAUUUGGCAUUUGGCCACACACAAAUGGAAAGGAAAAUAGAGUUUCUUCAUCUUUAUGGUCGGAAGCUUUUCUAUCCAGAAUUAUCUCAUUGUACAGAACGUACAGCUUUAUUGGAAGUUCAUUGUACCAUAGAAAGCGUGUUACGUGAUGCUAAUUUCUAUAAGGAAGCUGUGAAAUGUGAGCAUAUUUUAAGAUAUGGAUUCUAAAAUUCUUUAAGACUAGCCUAGUCUAGUAUGGGAAGGCCAGAUCAUGAAGGAAUGACAGUUUACUCGUGAAUUUAUGGCUAUCAGUUAUAUUCUCUUGAGAGGUUGUCCAACAUAUCUGGACAAAACUGGAGGUGUUAUGCAGGAUCCUAAGUUGAUUUAUUGCAUUUGACUAUUCCACAGAGUUGAUAUUUUUGAAUUUUGGACCAUGUUUAUUAGAGCAGGAUGCAAUAUUAUUAUGACAAAGGUUUAUUACCUGAAAAGUGAUUUUUCCUUUUUGUUAAAGCAUAUAUAGUAUGUAAAGAAGAAUUCGCAAAUGCUGAGAGUUGCUGCAAAUUCAAGCUUCAUAUUUUCUUGUGCAGUCCAGGGAAGAAUGCGAGUAUCUAAUUGAGCUGGCCAAACCUCACAUGGAAAAGUCAACAGUUGUUGAUAGUGAAACUGGUCAAAGUAAAGAUAGCAGGUCGGUACUACGAUCAUCUUUAAUUUGAAAUUUGAAUUAAUCUGCCAAUGAUCCUCUAUGUCUGGUUAAUGGAAUUGAUUUUUUUUUGUUUUAUUUAUGGUCUUUCUUCCAAAAUCACUGCAUUUCGUAUAGUACAUCACGAUUUUUGAGAUUCCUUGGUUGCUAAGAGAUGUAUCUUCCAUAGUAGGUGGUCUUCUUGACUCCAUGGCUCGUGCCCCAUACCUACUUUAUUCCAACCUCCUAAAGUUGCUCGUUGAUUACACUAGGGAACUCGUAAACACAAGAUUUUUUAAAUGUUGAUUGAUAUAUUUAGGACGUCGAAAUCUUCCAUCUAUGAUGUACAUUUGGUAAUUCCGCCAUUGGCUUUUACUGUUAUAAUUAGUGUUUAUUUGACAGGGUUCGGACAAGCUCUGGAACAUUUCUUAAGAGAGGGCAAGACAAAAUCAUCCGGGCGAUUGAGAAAAGAAUUGCAGAUUUCACCUUCAUUCCUGUGGGUAAGCCUCAGGAGCAAUCUGUACAUUAAAACACGUGAUUGUACUCUUCUGUGUACCUUUGGGAUUCUUGUUUUCAUACGUUAUGAGUAAAGCAUAAUUACUUAGUACGCUCACUACUCUUUAGAUCUUUACCUUAAACUAGUUCUGAUUCUAGACUCGUCACUGUCUUUAUAGACCUGACAUGGCUAGGAUCUUGCUUUAAAAAAUUCAGUCAUUACUUAAUAAGUCCCUUUUAUUUGACGUAAAACUACAAUAAUGUGCAUGUUUGCCCUCUUGAUUUCAGAUUUAAAUACGAUAUGGCUGGUAAUCAUGAUUUUAAGCGAAUUUUAUCUGGCUUGUUGUGUGUAAACACCAUCUCGUACUCUUUUGUUGAUCCAUCUGUUGUCUGGUGUGCAGAUUGCUUCACUUUCUUCCCUAAUUUAUAAUUUUCAUUGUCUUUUUUUUUCAUUUUUUUACCUUUAGUUUAUGUGUUGAUUUCAUUUAUGUACAGAGCAUGGAGAAGGCCUUCAAAUUCUCCAUUAUGAAUUUGGACAGAAGUAUGAACCACAUUGGGAUUACUUCCUUGAUGAAGUGAACACCCAAAAUGGAGGACAACGGAUUGCUACUCUUCUUAUGUAUCUGUGAGCAUCUUGUCCCUCGUUCAUAGGUGCUUUAGAUGUAUGCUUAGUUACUUUCAAUCAACGAUAUUUAACCCCUUGUCCUUGUUCCUUGUUUAUUUAUAAAGCUCUGAUGUUGAAGAAGGAGGAGAGACAAUUUUUCCCUCUGCAUCAUCCGUCAAUAUCAGUGCUAUACCGGACUACAAUGAGCUAUCUGAAUGCGGUAGAAAGGGACUUGGUGUCAAGCCAAGAAUGGGAGAUGCUUUACUUUUCUGGAGCAUGAAGCCUGAUGCUACUCUCGAUGAGUUAAGCCUACACGGUGAGAUACCUCUAACCUAGGUGACAAGUACUAAUGAGAUUAAUACGAACGUGACUUAGUUUAUUUUCCAAAGUCUUUUUGUUAUCUGCUGGCUUUCCCAUGAUAGUAUAUUUUCCUACUUGGUGAGAAUUUUCUAUCCUGCACAAAUUAUUUCAUAUUUUCUCAUUUAUAGCCGUUUGUAAUGGCGAAUGUUCUCCAAAUCUCUUACAGGAGGAUGCCCUGUGAUCAAGGGGAAUAAAUGGUCUUCUACAAAGUGGAUGCGAGUCCACGAGUUCAAGGCUUACUAG